AAGGGGAUCUUUGCCUCUCUUAUUUUUGUUAAGAGGUUUUGUUUGAGUUUCAGCAGAAAUGGAAGAUAGAGUCCAGACGGUUUUCUGCAUGCUCCUUCUUUGCUGUUUUGGAGUUGUCUUCUCUGCUCAGGGCCACAGAUAUCACACAGGCCUUGAGGCCAGUUUAGCAUUCAGAAAUCUCUCUUUUAAUCAUCACAGCAGAUACCCUCUGUACAUGAUGCAGCUGUACCGCUCCUUCAGGACUGCUGAUUCCUCAUCGUCAGUAGCUGUCAACACUGUUACUACACCGGGAGACAACCUGUCAGCACACAAUUCUGACUCCGUCUUAAAUCUUAUGGCAAAAGGUUGCCAUCAAGUGGGUGAGAGAUGGACAGUCGUGGUUGACAUGUCAUCCAUCUCUACCAGCGACUUGGUCCAGCUGGCAGAGCUUCGUAUCAGACUACCUGCUUUCUCUGCCUCUAAGCGUGCCAUCGUGGAUUUAUAUCACUCUCGAAAGCAGAGCUGUGACCCGGACAGCACAUCAUGCCAGGAUGAGCACCUUUUCCUGGGGAGCAUUGGCAUAUCACCUAACAGCACAAUGUCCGCAUGGAAGGUUGUUAAUGUGACUGCUCUUUUAAAAUACUGGCUGUAUCAGGGAGAUGGAGUGUCAAGCCAGGAGGCCUCAGGAGAGCCUGAGACAGAUGAAGGGAGCGGUGCUCAGGAUGAAGGGGAGGCCCUCAUCAAGAAUCUGGGAAAACAAGACAGAAAAAUACAUCAUCCAACCACAAACCGGGUCAUGAUGGUGAUAUUCUUCAAACAUAAUGUGCGUCAGGAAGGCCAAGCAGCGUAUAGUCUCAUUCAUACAGUGGAGAACUCCAAGUAUGUCACUAUGGACAGAGCGAGCAGUGACAGUCAGAGUCGACGCCGCAAAAGAAACCGCAUGGAGAGGGUGAUGGUGGCUGGUGGAGCUGCACCAACUGUGGCACCAGCAGCAGAGGCUGUCCAGCGGCCACUGUGUCGGAAGGUGGACAUGUGGGUGGACUUUGACCACAUCGGCUGGGACGAGUGGAUUGUGCACCCUAAGCGCUUCAAUGCAUAUCGCUGUGAAGGAGAGUGUCCUACACCUCUGGAUGAUUCCUUCCAUCCAACCAACCACGCAUACAUGCAGAGUCUCUUGCGACAUCACCAGCCAGAAAGAGUGUCUUGCCCAUCCUGUGUGCCAACACGCCUCAGCCCGCUCUCUAUGCUGUACUAUGAGAACGAUGAUCUGUCUCUGCGACACCAUGUGGACAUGAUAGUCGAAGAGUGUGGCUGUCACUGACGGCAGACACAAGAGCAAACUCUUGAUGGAGCAUAAUCUUGAACUUUAGUUGAACAAAAGAUGACCAUAGUUCCUGUUUAUUUUCUUUCUUUCCUUUAUUUUGGACUGUAAAUGACAGGCUAUGAUGGUGAAUGACCCCAAAUAUACCUCAUCCAUACCGGGUGGAACACAAUAUUAUACUCUGUCUUUAGUAUGGAGAAAGU